AUGAAGCCUUAUAGCAUCUUUGGUGACACCAUUGUAUUUGAUGGUAUCCGUGAGUCAGAGAAACUUUUUCAGAUGAAGGUGGGGGUCUUCGUCAGAGGAAAUCAAUACACCAGAGGCAGCUGCUUCUUCAUUAAUGUUCAGCUUGAUUGGUUUAAGAAGAUCAAACCUUCCCUUUGUCAAAACAAAGAAGAGUGCAAAGAUUUAUUCAAGAAAUCAUUGUUUCUGGUUGGAGAGAUUGGUGGGAAUGAUAUCAAUGCACUUCUACCAUAUAAAAAUAUUACAAAACUUCGAGAAUUGGUUCCACUAAUUAUUGAAGCAAUUACGAAUACCACCACUAAAAUAAUUGAAGAAGGAGCAGUAGAGGUAGUGGUGCCAGGAAACUUCCCAAUUGGGUGCAAUUUUGCCGUUUUGACAAUAAUGAAUAGCGAUAACAUAAAUGACUAUGAUCAAUUCGGGUGCUUGACUGCUUACAAUACUUUCAUUGAGUAUUAUAAUGGACAACUCAAACAAGCCAUAGAGACUUUAGGACAAAAGAACCCACAGGUUAAUAUAAUAUAUUUUGACUACUAUGGUGCUGCCAAACGUCUAUUCCAGGCUCCGCAACAAUAUGGUUUUUCUUCUGAUAAGAAAGAGACUUUAAGAGCAUGUUGUGGAAAAGGUGAACCAUACAAUGUUGAUAUAAACAUAUUUUGUGGAAGUGCUGCCUCCACCGUUUGUUCAGAUCCUUCAAAACACAUCAAUUGGGAUGGAGCGCACUUUACUGAAGCAGCAUAUAGGCAAAUUGCAAAGGGACUUGUUGAGGGCCCUUUUGCAAAUCCUUCUCUUAAAUCUCCUCGUUCAAAGAUAGCUUGA